UCACUUUCAUCAAGUCCUCAACGUUAACAGUGCGUCGCAAUUUGGAUUGCAAUAAAGGAUUUUAAAACACCUGUUUUAUGUUUGUUUUCUAUGUUUUCUAUGUGAUUUUACUUUAAUAAUUAUAUUUGCAAAUUGACUUGUUUAUUGUUUAAACAUUUAAAGGUUAUUGUACGGAAAUUAACGAUCUUUAGAAAAGAAUAUGAAGUUGCUGUUGACGUGUGUGUGCGCAUGUCUGCUCUUGCAGACGACACAUGCCAUGUUCGGAUUGUGUAGCACCGACUGGUUCACUGACGGAUGUUUUGACUUUAAAGAUGAGUGCAAACAUAUGGGAGGCGAGUGCCGUCACGAUGGGUACGGUGACCACGGGGAGGGAUGUUUGUGCAUAAAGAAAACAUGGAGGGCGGACAGACUAGAAUAUGAAACUUUGACCAAGGACCACUUCAAGGGCAAGGGCAAGAUUUUAUAUACCAUCUUUCUGAAGCAAGCUGGGAAGUUGAAUCACCUGAAGAAACCCACCACACCGACCGUUAUGACGAAACCUAAACAAAAACCGAUCGGUACGGCAUAAGGACGGGAUAUACACAUACCGAACAAAAAACAACAACAAGAUUCUACGGAGGACUAAGUGCGUCAUACCAUACCGUUUAAGAGAAGACAGCGAUUAUUUUAACGGUUCCAUAACGGGUUUGAUAGUGAUGUGUUGCAAAUGGAACUAUUUUUCUUUAAGAGUACUUAUAGGCUUUUGAAGAUUGUGCUAGGCCACGUACAAAGAAUUGUAGUACGCUGUAUUUUUUAGAAGUAUCAAGGUUAUAAACUUUGACAAGUGUAGGAUGUUAUUAACCCUUUUUCGAUUUUAAAAAUCUCGAACACUUAAUAUAGGUUUGUAUUAUUUGAACUUUUAAAUAUCUCUCUUAUUCAAAAUCUAUGCAUACACAUGUAUUACAAACAUAGUUUGAGUGAUAAACCUUUAACUACUUACUAAAAAAUAAUGCAUUUAUUGAAAAUAUUAAUUACUGAUAAGAAGAUUGUAACUUUGUAUUUCAUAGCUGAAAACGCAAAAACAAUAAAUCAUUGGUGAGUGCUAAAAGAUUUAAUAUGAUCUAAUAGCGCCUAAAUUCACCUACUAGUAUAUUGUUCAAUAUUGGUUAAUAGAAUUGCAGAAAAAUUGUUUUUUGUCAACUCAUAACAGUCACUUUAAAGUAACUUUUUUUUUAAUUCAAAUUUUCAAAAAAUUGGUUUGUUUUGAUAUCGAUUGUCUGAAUUAAAAAUGCAAAUCUUUAAAUGCAAUCAUUUGUCCUGUAUGUUUCCAAAAUCUGUCUAUCUUUAACAGCUCUAAAUGAAGGAUGGAUUUACGACGGGGAAACUCUUGAGUUGCGCUUUAAAACAUUGAACCAAAAAAUAUUAUUUUGUCGUAUAAAGCGUGAUUUGAUAGCGUUUGAAUGGAUAAAAAUUACCAACAAAUACCUUCGCUUUCCAUUGUUUGAAACACCCAAUAGCUACCAUUGUACCAAAACAUGAUUUGCUUUUCUUUGUCUUAUGAAUGCGAAAGACGCUAUUAAAGUGACAUUUUUAUUUUAAUAAAACUGUCGAUGUGUA